CGGCAGGUCGUCGAACCUUUCGAUAUCUUGCAAACGGUGCAUGCUUCGGAGUGGGUUCGUGGCCCAACAGGUGUGUAGAGCAGGCGGUCGCGCAAGCAGCAUGGCGGCUCGGACGGUGGUGAGUGGAAACAGCGUCGGUGCCACCGGCGACGGCAGAGACGGCAAGGAUGGUGGGGAGGCCCAAGCCGGGUCGCAAGCUAGUGAGCAGACAGCCGAUCGAGUGGUGUUGGCUCUGGAGGGAUCGAUUGGUUCGGGCAAGUCGACGCUGCUGCGUGUGGUGAGCGAGGCCAUGGGCGGGCCCGAGGCGGUGCAGACCCUGGCCGAGCCGGUGGAGCGAUGGAAGGAUGUGCGCGGGCACAAUUUGCUCGGCGAGUUCUACAAGGAUCCAUCGCGAUGGGCGUACACCUUUCAGUCGUAUGCCUUUGUCACCCGGCUGAUGCUGGCCGCCGAGGCAUCGGGCGAUGCGCCGGUAACGGUCAUGGAGCGCUCGCCUUUCUCGGACAAGCACGUCUUUGCCACCAACGCCCACGAGUCAGGGCUCAUCACCGGACCCGAGUGGGCGGUCUACAACGAGCUGUGGGACUUUUACACCGCAUCGGCGCGCGGGGCGCCCCAUGCCUUUGUCUACCUCCGCACGUCGGCGCAAACGUGCUUUGAUCGGAUGCGCAAGCGUGCCCGCGCCGAGGAAGAUGCCGUUCCGAUGACGUACCUUGACGCCAUCCACACCCGCCACGAGGCCUGGUUCCACACCAACACCGUGCUCGACGCAGAGCUCGGCGUGUACGCCACCGACGACGGCAUCCCCUUCAUCGUUGUCGAGGGUGAGGGUGACUUUGAGGCCGACUCGACUCGUGCCACGGAAAUCGUGAGCGCCUUUGACGCUCUCGUCGCCUGGCUCCGCCAUCGCCGGACCAAUGCUAACUCCGAAUGACCAGCCGGCCCCGGCGCCAGCCGUACUCAUGUCGCCUCGAGCACGUCACGAAAGGUAAGCGAGACUCGCCACGGCUCAUCCGGAAGCAGCUCGGGCGCCCGUCGGAAGCGCUUGUACAGCCGUGCCUUGCGAGUGAUGCCAUGCCGCCAGCCAAACCGCGCUUCGCCGGACAGCACAUACACUGAUCCGGGCGCCAUGACGACUGAGACCCGCUCUUCGGGCUCGGCCACGGACUUGAGGGUAAACUUGGUCGGCACGACGA